CCCUCUCUCCUCUCCUAUAUAUGUAUGGACACACACAAGGACACUCUCUAGAAGUUUACAAUCUCAACUCACUUCCUUCAUCAACCAAACCAAAUUUGUCUUCCUCACUGCUGGUAUUAUACAACUCUAGUACCAACAGAUUAACAAACAAGCGAACACUCCAUCGCAGUGUCGCUGCUUUCGCCGGAGACAUAACACAUCCUGCCGACAUCGUGAAAGAUGGAAAUUCCAACACUGAUUAAAAACAAGGAUGAUGGGGAAGACUUGAAACAAUUGGGGUUCCUGUGGUCCGGCACAUUGCUCUUCUUGGCAUGUAUGUCCAAGCUGUACGAGUACUUGAAGCAGAACUCCGGCUCCUUAAAACCCACCGUCGUCUUCCUGGAGGGUAAAAUCAUUGCUGUAGUGCGUCCCUUCUACAAGGAGAACAAACGCCUCUAUAGUCUCCUUUUGUUUGCCGACGCCCAGGUGGACAAAGUUACUGUUAUAAUUGACAAGCAUGGACCGAAUUUCGUGAAGAAAAUUAUGAGCAUAGUCCAAUGGGCUACCCAGACAACUGAGGAAUUAUGUGACAAGACCAGAAAAGGAGGGAUACGUAGUGUCACAAUGCACGUAGGAAUAAAGGUUGCAUUAUUUGUGAUGACUGAAUCUAUGCAAUUACUGGUUAAGUUGGGUCACUUCCCUGCAUUGCCAACGUUUCCAGGGAUGCCAACGUCUCUCCCGUCGCUCGAUCUGCCAACGUCUCUCCCGUCGCUCGAUCUUAAAGUCACUGAUCCUUUGACGGAUCCAAUCAAGAUAGGCACUGAUUUAGCUGAAAAUGUCAUUUGACAUUGCCAAAAAGGAUUUGAGUUUAGGUCAUGAUAUAUGAUCAGUGAUCAGACACUACACUCUUGAAUUAUUAUUAUUAUUGUUAUUUUAAAAUCAAGACUCUUAUCUACUCUUGUGUUUUCUAGAUGCAUGUAAUAUUGUUUUACUUAGUAGGAUGUG